AUGGAUGGAGUUUGCAAUAACAAUUAUAACAUCAAUCGCAAAUCUAAAUUACCUGUACCAAAAUGCCGUGUAAAUCGAGUCAAACCCUUGACAAGACUUCGAAAAAUACCAGCGUUAAAUACAUUUGGACCGUUUCCUGAUGAAACCAUUACAAUUGCUAUGGAUCGCAUUUUAUAUUUCUUGGGUGGUCGUAAAAUGCAAAAAUUCUUUCACACCGAAUCGACGAGUGGCAGUAGUGGGAGGAGUCUGUGUUCCAUGAGAAGUGUGUGCUACAAAGGUUCCCCAAAAUGUCCAACCUAUCAAACAUCUGUGGAAUCAUUCUAUUCAUCCAGUAAUGUUUGGGAGUCUGGCGAUCAAAAUAAUUAUCCGAAAAUUAAUAUUUGUCCCAUUGAUCGCGGAAAAUCAACACCCAGAAAAAUUUUGCAAGAAUCACAUCGAGACGAUGACAGCUGUCUCCGGAAAUCGAUGCAAAGUUUAAAACGUUCCUUUUCUCUGUGUUCCUUGACAUGUCGAAAAAUAAAAGAGAAGAUGUUGAUGGGCAGAGAACCAUCCUCGCCACCCAAAUGGUUGUGGACCAAGUUGCAGGAUUAUGGUGAUGGCUGGCAAGUAUAUGAAGUCUUUACCAAUUCUUCGACUAGUAGCCAUCCCACACAAUUUGAAACGGAGAAGGCUCCUCGCAUAAUUUUUGUAAUUUUACCCACGGGCGUAAUUAUGCCAUUUGAGACAUUGAUUCGUCAUUGAGAUGU